AUGGCUUUGGGUGCUUUUGCUGCAGGUUGGAUAGAGGUUUUGUGCUGGAUUCUUACUGGGGAAAGGCAGACUGCUGUCAUUAGGUCAAAGUAUGUCCAAGUAUUACUUAACCAGGACAUGAGCUUUUUUGAUUCAUAUGGGAACAACGGGGACAUUGUGAGCCAAGUUUUAAGCGAUGUGCUAAUCAUUCAGUCCGCUCUUAGUGAAAAAGUUGGGAAUUAUAUUCACAACAUGUCAACAUUUUUCAGUGGACUUGUCAUUGGAUUUGCCAGCUGUUGGCAGAUUGCCCUAAUAACACUAGCCACUGGUCCAUUCAUUCUUGCUGGAGGGGGAAUGUCGAAUAUUUUUCUCCACAGACUUGCAGACAGCAUUCAAGAUGCUUAUGCUGAGGCAGCAAGCACUGCUGAGCAGGCACUUUCUUGCAUUAGGACAGUAUAUGCAUUCACGAAUGAUACAUUGGCCAAGUAUUCUUAUGCAACUUCUCUUCAGGCAACAUUGAGAUAUGGUAUAUUAAUAAGCCUUGUGCAAGGGCUUGGUCUUGGGUUCACGUAUGGACUUGCAAUAUUUUCAUGUGCCUUACAACUUUGGGUUGGAAGGUUCCUAGUUUCACGCGGAAAAGCCAGUGGUGGUGAAAUAAUCGUAGCUCUUUUUGCUAUAAUUUUAAGUGGCCUGUAA